AUAUAACAAAAUUUGAGUUCAAACAAUUUCAAUAGCAUGUGUAAUUAAGUAUUUAAACCCUAGAAAAGAAUAUUUAGCUUAAAUUUGAAAAACUGAUUUCCUGAUAAAACUUUUACAUGUAUAGCUAUAUAAUACAUAUCUAUGUAAUAAAAAUGAAAUGCUCUGUUGGGAAUGGUUAAGAGUGCUAGACAUAUUUAGCACAUUUUUUUAAAAAACUUUAUAGAGGUCUGAAUCCAUAGAAUCUAUUAAUAUAUAGACUGCGUGUCUCCCAUACCAUACCUCAGGGCAUAGGUUGCCAAGUGCCAACAUUGUAAGAAAGAGUUAGUCUAUGCCCGUGUAAUAGAACGGAGCUUAACUAUAAGGUGUAUGCUACCAAUUUCUAAAAUUUUGUUAUCUUUGUUGUUGAACCUUUGUUUAGCAUUUGUGCUUUCUCACUCUGGCUAUUAAUGGAUAUAAAUGGAACCCGAGUUGUAUGCUUUUUUGUUCUAACAAUGUUGGCCCCUAGUCCUCUUUCUAUUAUUAGUCCAUUUCUCCAUAAGUCUAUGCCUGAAUCAGGUAUUACUGAAUGAAAAAUUGGAAAAGUUAUCCAGGAUGGACACACAUUAUAUUUUUUGGGGAUGCACGAGUCUACUGUGUAUCCUUAAAAAAAUAAAAACCUUUUUCUAGUAUAAAUUGAUUAUUUUGAAGUAAAAAUAGGUAGGUACUUUGCUAAUAUGUUCUCAACGUCAACUAUAACAUAAUAUUACAAAAUAUUCUUUAUAAAAUAGCUUAUUUAAUGUUGCGUAGGACUGGUAACAGAUAUGUGAAUCCAUGAACCAAAGUCCGGUUUAUUUAUUAUCGGUUUAGUUUAUCGCUUGUUGGCGACUUUAUUAAGUUGGGGCACCUAAUACUAUUAUCUUUUUCCUGACCCCAGGUUUUUGCAUGUCGAUUUCGAAAAAGCAAUAAUUACAGCGGCUAGUAAUAUUUUUGGUUCGGAAUUAGAAAUUAGAGGGUGUUUUUAUCAUCUAUGCCAGAGUACCUUUUCUCAAAAUCCAGGAUUUAUGUUUACGAAACAUGUAUAUGAAUGAUGACAAAUUUAGUCAUUUUUGUUCGAUGAUUGAUAAUUUGGCAUUCCUACCCCUUGAACGGGUGCACGAAGGAAUGGAUUUUUUAAAAUAAACAAGCAUUUCUGAAGCGCAUGGAUUGUUGAGUUACUUUGACACCAUGUUAAUGGUUCAUAUAGGAGAGUUGGUGCUGGUAUGAACAUAAAAUUAAGAAAAACUAAUCCCUUAUUCCUACCAAAAACGUGGAAUGUCUUUAAAGCCACAUUAAAUAGUGAACACAGAACUAAUAAUAUAUGUGAAGCAUGGAACAAUCGCUUCACACACUUGGUAGGUCAUAGUCAUCCAACAAUAUGGGUGCUAAUUAAAAAAAUCAAGUUAGAGAUUGGAGCCGAUAGGGCAAAAAUAGCAUUAAGCAGUACAGGACAAACCAUGAAAAAAUCAAAAAACAUCAGGCUUGAAACAUUAUGCAAGCGAAUUCAUAACUCCGAGCUAAGUGUUGAAGAGUUUUUAACUCAAGUGGGACAUAGUAUUAGGACAUUGCCAAGGUUAUAGGCUAAGGAUAUAGAUUUUUCAUUCUGAAUUCAAAUGUAAUAAUUGUAUUAUAAAUUAUUGCUAUUAUUUUAAAUAACAUUAAUGUUUUCU